AUAAAGAAAGUUUGCUAAAGGUUUGCUUGGGACGGUCCUUGAGAAGCUGGACGAAAGAGGAAUGAUGUCGGAGAUUUGUGAUGCUAUGGACUUGAACCACCUCUUGGACCGUGAAGCAACACAAGUAUCUGGUGGAGAGCUACAACGGUUCGCCAUUGCCGCAGUUUGUCUCAAGAAGGCAGACAUAUAUGUGUUUGAUGAACCAUCUAACUUCCUAGAUGUGAGGCAGAGACUCAAAGCUGCUCAAGUUAUACGCUCCCUCCUCAAACAUGACAACUACGUGAUUGUGGUGGAGCAUGACCUCAGUGUACUUGACUACUUGUCGGACUUCGUUUGUUGUUUGUAUGGAAAGCCGACAGCUUAUGGUGUCGUGACUCUCCCCUUCUCUGUCCGAGAAGGAAUCAAUGUAUUCUUAGCUGGUUUUGUCCCCACUGAAAACUUGCGUUUCAGAGAUGAGUCUCUGACCUUUAAGGUUUCUGAUACACCACAAGAGAGCGAAGGGGAAGUGAAGUCUUAUGCAAGAUACAAGUACCCUAACAUGUGUAAGAAACUUGGAGACUUCAAGCUGGAUGUAAUGGAAGGAGAGUUCACAGACUCUCAGAUUAUUGUGAUGCUUGGAGAGAACGGUACUGGGAAAACAACAUUCAUCAGGAUGCUGGCAGGUGCAUUCCCAAGUGAAGAUGGUGUAGAACCAGAGAUGCCAGAGUUUAACGUGUCGUACAAACCUCAAGGAAACGAUUCAAAGCGUGAGUGUACAGUGAGACAGCUCCUGCAUGAUAGGAUACGUGACGCAUACACGCAUCCUCAGUUUGUGUCGGAUGUAAUGAAACCGCUUCAGAUUGAGGAGCUGUUGGAUCAAGCGGUAAACAAACUCUCUGGUGGAGAGAGGCAGAGGGUUGCUAUAACUUUGUGUCUAGGGAAGCCUGCAGAUAUCUAUCUGCUUGAUGAGCCAAGUGCGCAUCUAGACUCAGAGCAAAGGAUCACAGCUUCGAAAGUCAUAAAGCGGUUCAUCCUACACGCAAAGAAAACCGCGUUUGUUGUUGAGCAUGACUUUAUGAUGGCGACCUAUCUUGCGGAUAAAGUUAUCGUGUACGAAGGACAACCUGGUGUCAAGUGUACUGCUCACUCUCCACAGUCACUCACCAGUGGGAUGAACCUUUUCUUAUCGCACCUGAACAUCACAUUCAGACGAGAUCCUACUAACUUCAGGCCAAGGAUCAACAAGUUAGAGUCCACCAAGGACAGAGAGCAAAAGCUUGCAGGAUCAUACUACUUCUUAGAUGAUUGAUUGCUAGACUAAAGAGAGAGUCAGAGGUAUGCAUAGGAUUCACGGAAUCUGCAGAGAUCAAUCCCGAAUCCGGCGGAUUCAAUUGGGAAGUUAAAAAAAAAGCGAAAAGCGUCCACCUUACUAAGGUGUUUUGUCUUUGGAUGUGUUAGUCCCUUUGAUUCUGUUUGUUUUAAUCCUAGUUAAUUCAUAUUGGAUGUAGUUUUAAUCGGGUUGACAGUGUUGGUUUCCGGUUAGCAUGAAAUUGUUCGUAUUUCAUAGACAUUUAUGGGAAAAUUAUGUGACAUUUAUUCUGUCUCUGUUUGUGUGAAACAUCGGUUACUAUUUGUGACUUUUUUUAGUG